AUGUCGUCCGGAAGAGAAUCUCAAAGCCUGAAUGAGGGUAACAUUGGGUCUGGAGGCAACGAUGGUGCUAAGCUGCUGGUCAUGAGCGGAAUAUAUUAUGUUCCGCGAUCAGAGAAAGCCCCUAAGUUAACUCCAGCCGAAGAGGCCAGUGCUAUUCAAGUUGUCCCGAAGCAGCCGGAUCAAGCCCCAGUGCAAUUUGCGGGGAAGACGCCUCUACCGUCGACAAGAAAGGGGAAGACCCGGAAGCCGAUCACACAUUGGACGCUCUCGGAGUUGGAAUUCCUGAUGGAGAUUAUCGAAGAAAAGCUGUGCAAGCACAGGAGGUUGUUGCAAAAGGAGGAUUGGGUCGAAAUUACCGAUGAGAUGAACAAGCAUUUCCAGGGCCAAAGAGUACGCGCUGGAGACAAGCUCUCAACAUAUGGAAAGUUCGCCGAGAACAAUCGAGCAUAUCCGGUCCGAAAUGCCAAUGCGGUCCAUAGCUACGCCACCAAGAAGAACACCAAGGGCCCGUUGUACAAUGAGCUCUGCCACAAGUACCUCACAGGAGGUGGUAAGAGAUUUACUGGCACGAACAUUGCAGGGGGCAAGGGUACGUGGGCAGGAAAGACUCCCCUCGUUGAUGAUACUGGUUCUGGCGAGGACGGAGAAUGGCAAGAUGAUGAGGAUAAUUAG